GCCAAUCAGAGCCCCAAGUCUUUGAGCAGUUUUUCAGCUGCAACAAAGAAGCUCUCUCUCUCUCUCUCUCUCUCUAACUGAUCCCCCUGAAAAUAUCACCUUCUUUAACUUUUCAACUUCUAUCAACUUUUCAUUCCCUCAACUCUCUCUCUCUCUCUCUCUCUCUCUCUCUCUCUAAACUUUCUCUCUCUAACUCUCUUUCUAUGCCAAAGACCACAGAUGAAGCACACCAGAACAUUGCCACCCACCACCACCACCGCACACGCCGCCAACCCCCACUAUUUUAGAUGACGAUAUUGCCCUCCACCGCCGUCACUUUCACUCUCAUUGCCGCCGUCGUAAUCCCUCUCAUCGUUCCCUUCACACAUGCCAUCGGCUCCGGCGACACACUCGCCGUCAGUUACGGCACCGGCACCGUCUGCGGCGUCGUCGCCAACCAGCCGACGCAGAGCAUAGUCUGCUACCGGGGCGGCCAGAACAUCACCCUCGAUCCCAAUAUUUCGUUCUCUUCCAUCGCCGGUGGCCGGAGAUCGCUUUGCGGGCUGAGGUCCGGUGGGUACAGCUUACUCUGCUGGGACAAUCUGGUUUCCGAGAACUGGAGCUUCGAGAGCAAGCGGAUUUACUUUAACAGCACUGUUUUAUUGGAAAAUCUCUCGGUGGGUGGCGAUCAAAUCUGUGCGACGGUGGUGGAUACAGGGGAUUUGAAAUGCUGGAGAGGUGACCGUGCGUUCAAUUGGUCUUCCGGGUCUGAUCGAUUCGUGUCAAUCUCAUCUGGGUCGUCUUUCUCUUGCGGAAUUUUGAAUGGUAGCUCUUCGGUUCGGUGUUGGGGGAACGAUUCCAUCGCGAAUCAAAUUGAGAAUGAGUUUGGCAACAUGUCCAUGUUGAGCAUUGAAGCGGGAGAUUCGCAUGUCUGCGGGUUGAAUAUGACUGGGUUUUUGGUAUGUAAAGGAAACAACGUUUCUGGACAGUCAAACGCUCCGAUUGGCUCGGCCAUGGAGUUUUCCAGGGGUUUAUCUCUCGGAGCCGAUCAUAGCUGUGCAAUUAGGCGAAAUGGGUCAGUGAUUUGUUGGGGCGGCGGAGGGAAAUUUUGGGUCAAUGAAACGCUGUCGUUCGAAUUGAUAGUUUCAGGGUUAGAUUUCGUUUGUGGGCUAACAACGAGGAAUUUUUCAGUUCUUUGUUGGGGACCCGGGUGGGGGUCCAACUCCAAUGGCUCUGUUUCUGAUUCUGAGCUUUCUUUGCCAGAGAUUCUUCCAGGUCCUUGUGUUCAAUCCUCCUCUUGUGGUAAUUGUAGUAUAUACCCAUUGUCUCAAAAAAUAUGUUCUGGUACUGGGAGUGUUUGCCAGCGAAAUUGUGGUGGACCUGAAAUCUUAGUUUCACCACCACUUGUACCACCGUCACUGCCAUUUCCACCAUUUCCACCACCUCCAUCAGAUUCUCCAUCCAAGCCUUUGAGAAGGGGUUUAUUGGCAUUUGCCAUCGUAGGAUCAGUUGGUAUUGUUGCUGGUAUUUGCACUGUGAUUUAUUGCUUGUGGACUGGUGUUUGUUUUGGUAACAAAAAGAUUCAUAAUUCAGUUCAACCCACAAUCACUAGAGGUAGUUCUAAUGGUGGUGUUACAACAUCAAACAAUAGUCCACCUUCGAGAUCAUCCACCAUUAGACGUCAAGGUUCGCGAAUCAUGAGGCGCCAAAGAAGCGGUACUUCGUCGAAGCAUGCGGAUAGAGCGGAGGAAUUUUCAUUAGCUGAGCUUGCUGUGGCUACAAAUAAUUUCUCCUUGGAGAACCAGAUUGGUGCAGGAAGCUUUGGUGUUGUUUACAGAGGAAAAUUAUCGGAUGGUCGUGAUGUUGCAAUCAAAAGAGGUGAAAUAGGCCAUAAGACCAAGAAGUUCCAAGAGAAAGAGUCUGCUUUUGAUUCUGAAUUGUCAUUUCUGUCUCGGUUGCACCACAAGCAUUUGGUCAGGCUUGUUGGGUUUUGUGAGGAAAAGGAAGAGAGACUUUUGGUUUAUGAGUACAUGAAAAAUGGUGCGCUUUAUGACCACUUACAUGACAAGAACAAUGUGGAAAAGAGCUCUAGUGUUUUGAAUUUUUGGAAAAUGAGAAUCAAGAUCGCUUUGGACGCUGCUAGAGGCAUUGAAUAUCUGCACAACUAUGCGGUUCCUUCUAUUAUUCACAGAGAUAUAAAAUCAUCUAACAUUCUUAUAGACACAAAUUGGACGGCCAAGGUCUCUGAUUUUGGAUUGUCUUUAAUGGGUCCAGAAUCAGAGCGUGAUUACAGGCCAAUGAAGGCAGCUGGAACAGUUGGAUACAUUGAUCCUGAGUACUAUGGUCUAAAUGUGUUGACAGCCAAGAGUGAUGUUUAUGGUCUUGGGGUGGUGUUGUUGGAGCUUUUGACAGGGAAGAGAGCAAUAUUCAAGAAUCGUGAAAAUGGAGGUGGGACACCCGUAAGUGUUGUGGACUUUGCGGUGCCGGCAAUUAUGGCCGGAGAAUUGGUAAAAGUAUUGGACCAAAGGGUCGGUCCGCCGGAGCUGAAUGAAGCAGAGGCUGUAGAGUUGGUGGCCUAUACUGCAAUGCAUUGUGUGAAUUUGGAAGGGAAAGAAAGGCCAACCAUAACUGACAUUGUAGCUAAUUUGGAACGAGCUUUGGCUCUCUGUGAUGACAGCCAUGGAAGCAUCUCCAGUGGUACAAUCUCCAUUGUCUCAGAAUAGAGUUCCACAUUUCUCUUCUUCCAAAGCCCAAAAAAAAAAAGAAAAAAAGAAAAAAAAAAAAGGCUUAAUUUUAAGUCAAUUCUUUUGGAUAAUUCAUUAUGGGUAAUUAAUCUUUGCGGUGUAAAGCUUUAGGAGUUUGAUCUAACUGUGAGCUGUAGUGUAGGAUUUUAUGAACACUGACAGCAAGAACGAUUAAAUGAUUGAUUUUCAAGCAAGCUCUUUUUUUUUUUUUUUUCUUCUUCUUUCUUUGGUUCUUUUAAUUUGUCAUGGAAGCUAUCGUGAAUCAAUCUCCACAGUUCUUGUUCUUUCCUUUUCCAA